CUUCGUUUCAUUUACUUCAUCAUCAUGCAUUACGGCAAGAUCCAACCACUAACCAUUAAGAACCACAGGGGCAGUAGCAGUAUCAAAGAGCUAGUUGAAACGACAGAAGAAAAUAAAAGGACGCAAAACAGACAGGAAUCACGCAGAACAUCGAUAGUGGUGCAAUCCAUAUCGCUGAUUGUGUUACACGUGCUGGACACGCUGCUUCUGAUCAUUCUUUUGCCAUUUAUAAUCUGGCAGUGGAUCUACGCUAACGAUCGUUUGAGGAUCAUUCUGAAAGUUGUGGCAGAAGUCACGUUGGAGCUGAUUAUGUGGGUGAUCUUUGCUGGAGUGUCUAUUGCAAUGACCACAGUGUUCGUCCUGGACGACUCAUAUUUCCGGAAUGACGAGCACCAGAAAUUGGAAUUCGUGAAAACUAGAAAUGCAUCCACCUCUAGUGGCAAUAAACGAGUUAUAGAAACGCAGCUCACUGAAAAUUCAAGACAAGAAGCCACCUGAAACUGACGUUGCGUUUAUGACU